UUGGAAAAUUGAAAAAAAAAAAAGAAAAAGAAAGGGAAAAAAGAGAGAAAGCAAGAAAGGAGGAAGAAAAAAAGAAGCCCAUAUGACUUUAUUAUUGUAGGGGGAUGUUCUUGGCAUUGGAUACCGUUUGGCAAUGAAAGAAAUGAAAUAAGAUAGCACUAGCUUUUUCAAAGGACAGAUGAAAUUGAAGGAAUGGGUGUUACUUUUUAAUAUUCGAAGGACCCAGCUUCCUCUUUCUUUUGGAAGAAGCCAGGGUGAAAAGGUACUUCCUCUACGGUGAUUUUCCACCUGCUUUUGGUCUUUUACUGCAAUGAAAUGACGGUGGCCCUGUUCCCCCCCUUCAACCUAGGGUUUGUGAUUGCAUUUAUGGUGCUGGUUGGAGGAGAAUUCUCAUCGGGGUGGGGUUUUAUUUUUUGGUGGGAGUUUCUUGUUUUCUGUUUUCCUUAUCUGGGUUUCAUGUUUUGGGGUCAUGGUUGGGGUUUUAAGGGCUGAAGUUGGAUGAUUUGGGUGGCAAUUUGGAUUGUCUUUGUUGACAAAAAUGGUGGGUUUUGCUGCUUUUUGUGGGGCUGUUUUGAUUUGAGGGGUUAAAUUGUGGAAAUUGGGUCUUGAAUUUUGAUUUGGAGAAGAAGAAAUUUGGGUUUGUUUUCUUGAAUUUGGCAAGUAGGUGUGGAGUUUUGAGUGCGGGAUUGCAGCCAAGAAAAAUUUUUAAAAAAAGGUGCUUAAAAAAAAAUUAAAUUUGUUGUGGGUUGUAUUGGGUUUUGAAUUUAGGGUACUAGUGUUGAAAAUGUUAGGUUUUGAAUGCAAACUGUGGAGAAACAAAUGAUGGGUUUCUUUUGUUGAGGGUUGUGUUCAUCAUUCUUUCUUUUUUUUUCUAGGGGGGGUUGAAUUGUCUACUUUAGGCCUUAUUUUCCAUAUAUGUGUAUGUAAAUUUCUUUUGUUUUGUAUUCGAGCAUCUUGAAUUUAUUUAUUAUUUUUUUAUUCCAGAAUUUAGUGGUUGGAGUUGGGAUUAGUACUGAACUUGAGCUUGGACUGUUCUCAAAGUCUUUUACAGUGAGGGGGUUUUGAUUUCUAUAUUUUAUGGGCAAUGGUGGCGAAAGGGAUUUGGAGUUUGAUGAAACAAUAUGAGAGGUAUAAAAUGGAUGAAGCGAAUGGGAAUCAUGGUUAGAUCGAGAUUAGGAAAGAUAAUGAAAUGCAUUUGUUCAGCAGAACAGUUGAAUGUUGAUGAAAUGGAUCCUUCGUCGGAGUCCCUAGCUACCAGGGAUUAUUCAGUAAGCGGCUACUCUUCUCGAACUGGCGAGGGUGAGCGCAGGCCGGAAACUGGCAACAUUGAAGAAGCCGAAUCAUCUCUUCGUGAGGGCGUGUGUCUGAACUAUGAGGAAGCGAGAGCAUUGUUAGGGAGGCUCGAAUAUCAAAGAGGAAAUGUAGAAGCUGCACUGCGUGUAUUUGAUGGAAUAGACAUUGCUGCGGUGAUUCCCAAGAUUAAACUCUCCAUUGCUAGAAGAGUAGAUCGUCACAGACGCCGAUCUAAAAGCGAUGCUGCCCCACCCAUGUCAAUGCAUGCUGUCAGUCUACUCUUUGAAGCCAUUUUUCUCAAAGCAAAAUCGCUGCAGGAUCUUGGAAGGUUUAAAGAAGCUGCUCAAUCGUGCAAAGUUAUUCUGGACGCUGUUGAAUCUGCAUUGCCUGAAGGCUUGCCUGAAAACUUUGGCGCUGAUUGUAAAUUGCAUGAGACUCUAAACAAGGCUGUUGAGUUGCUUCCUGAGCUAUGGAAAGUCUCUGGUUCUUUCCAAGAAGCGAUCCUGUCCUACCGGCGAGCCCUCCUCUACCAUUGGAACCUCAACACCGAGCCCAUUGCAAGAAUACAGAAAGAAUUUGCCAUUUUUCUUCUCUAUGGUGGCUGUGAUGCAAGCCCCCCAAACCUCCGCUCACAGAUGGAAAGUUCCUUCGUGCCCAAAAACAAUAUAGAAGAGGCAAUCCUUCUGUUACUGAUACUGUUAAGGAAGUUUGCUCUGAAGAGAAUCGGAUGGGAUCCAUCAAUCAUCAAUCACCUUACCUUCGCAUUUUCUGUGUCAGGUGAUUUAAAGGCGUUGGCCAAUCAUGUUGAAGGGUUACUUCCCGGAAUUCUGGAGAGAAGAGAAAGAUAUUACACUCUUGCACUAUGUUACUUUGGGGAAGGUGAUGACCUGGUUGCUUUAAAUCUUCUGAGGAAGCUGUUGAGUAGUAGGGAAAAUCCCAACUGCAUCCAAGCUUUAUUAUUAGCUUCAAAGAUUUGUGGUAGGAACAGCAACUUUGCAGAAGAAGGCGUCUGUUUUGCAAGAAGAGCGAUUGCUAAUAUGCACGGCAAAUGUGAUCAGUUGGGAAGUAUCGCUAACUGCUUGUUGGGUAUUUCUCUUUCGGCUCAGGCAAGAUCUGCUGCUUCUGAUCCGGAAAGAGUUACCAGACAAUCUGACGCACUUGGGGCACUACGAACAGCUGAGAGAUUAAUGACAGCACAAGACCCAAAUGUUAUAUUCCAUAUCAGCCUGGAAAAUGCUGAUCAAAGGAAGUUGGAUGUAGCACUUGAUUAUGCGAAGAAGUUGAUGAAAUUGGAAGCUGGAUCGAAUGUUCAAGGAUGGCUUUUGUUGGCUCGGAUCUUAUCAGCUCAAAAACGCCUUUUUGAUGCUGAGACAAUCAUUAAUGCUGCUCUGGAUCAGACUGGGAAGUGGGAUCAGGGAGAAUUGUUGCGGAUGAAAGCUAAAAUCCAGAUUGCACAGGGUCAAUUGAAGAAUGCUGUAGAGACGUACACUCAUCUUCUUGCUGUUCUUCAAGUUCGGAGUAAAAGUUUUGGAAGUGGGAAGAAGCUUUUAAAGGGAGCAAACAAUGACAGAAGUUUGGAAAUAGAAACGUGGCAUGAUUUGGCCAAUGUCUAUACAAGCAUGUCACAGUGGCGUGAUGCUGAGGUCUGUCUCUCCAAAUCAAGGGCCAUCAGUCCUCAUUCUGCUUCAAUGUGGCACACAACAGGGGUACUGUAUGAAGCGAAGGGCCUCCUUAAAGAAGCUCUGGGAGCAUUUACAAAUGCUUUAGAAGUAGAGCCAACCCAUGUCCCGAGCUUGGUCUCUACAGCCACAGUUCUGAGGCAGCUCGGCGACCAAUCAUCGGCCGUCGUGAGGACCUACCUAAUGGAUGCACUGCGGCUAGACAGGACAAACCACCUCGCCUGGUUCAAUCUUGGCCUACACUAUAGAGCUGAGGGCAGUAGAUCAAUGGUGGAAGCUGCUGAAUGUUUUCAGGCAGCGGCUCUUCUCGAGGAGUCUGCGCCAGUCGAACCCUUCAGAUGAUGCCCGAGCUUCGCAUACACACACCGUGUAAGUGAUCAAAAUACAUCUACACUUAUAUUUCUUCCCUUCAAAAAUGUAACUCAAUAUGUUUUGCAAUUUGUAGUCUUUUGGAUACAACAGCGAGCAAUAAAAUGAGAUUAUUAUU